GCCAGCUGAACAACUAUUAUCUGUUCUAGUAAGCAGCAACCACGCUCUAAUGUAGCCCACUGGGUAGGUGUAAGAGGGCCUUUUGUAGCAGCAGUGCAUUUUACCAUUACGAUUGACAAGACUGUUGACAGUACAUUUUUCAUUGCAGACACCCAUAGUGAACCGCUACGAUUUAGAAAGGAUGAGAGAAACGUAUUUGAUUGCUGAUCAGAUUUCUUUUUUCCCAGAUCAACGGGCUUAGUUUACUGUUGGACUGAAGGGGAGGAGUCUCGAAGCUGUGCUGAAGGAUUGUCUGAACAGAGCAACACGGAGAGGCAGUAAGGGAAAGGAGCUUUGUAUUGAGAUCGGAAGUUCCAUCUGCUUGCUUUUCUACCGUCAGAACCGUAAAGGAAAGGGGUGAAAAGUGUUUACUACGUUAAGUAAUUCACACUGGGGAAGAGGCUUUCUUUUCAUACCGAUAACAUGGAAUUUACUUAAGGAAAAUGGAGGUCCUUCGGAAAACAGAACAACGUUGACUUGAUCUUGAUUGUGGAUUAUCUUUAUAGUUGAUUUGCCUGCGGUUGCGGCCAACACACCAACGAACUGUGUUUUAAUUUCUCCGUGGGUCUGGUGUUCUUUUUUUGUAUUUGUAACUUCCCCGAGUCCGGGAUGUGGGGGACGAUGUUUUCGGGGUACGAUGGAGGCGUCAUCUGUAAAACAGAUUCAGACUUGGCUUCCUCAGCAUGGGGACGAGGCACCGAUUCAUCAUGGCAGGAGACAGAGGCUCAAGAUGGAAGCCGAAGUAGCCACAUUCGACGUCUCAGCAUAACAUCAGACAGUGGGGACACAGGGAUAGGAACCUCCUGCUCUGAUAGUGUUGAAGAUCACUCCAGUUCGAGUGCUGCUUCAUUAUUCCAGCCGAUCAGAUGCCAGACCACUAUACCAACUGCCCAUGUGAUGCCCUCCACAUGUGGUUCAUCACUUGCUCAGUACAGAGAAGCUAAUAGAACUGACUAUUCUAAGUUGAACUCUUACUUUACUCUCCCUGGACAGAACAGGAACUGUGGCACACCAGAAAUCUCACUGGAUAUGAAGGAUUACAGGCCAGUUAGAAAAUGGUCAUCUUUGUCUAAAUUGAGUGAUUCAGAUGUUAGUUCUCAAGAUGAUGGACCAAAGAAAGAGGAAUCCAGGAACUCUGAAGGACUUUUAAGGGACAGCCCUAGAAUGUAUCCUUGCAAAAUGCGUGAACUUGUGCAAUUACAUCAGAAUAUGGGGAAUUUAAAAAUUGAUAGGAAGGAACUGCUUAAAAAGGAGCCAGUAGCUUUUGAUUCUAAACACACAUCUGGCAGCUGCAGCAAAGAUGGCUUAAAUACUUGGUCUUAUCAAGAAAGGAAAAAUGCCUUAGAUAUGACAUUCAGUGCCUUACCUGAAAGCAAACCCUCUGCCACUGUUAGUGAAGGUUAUGGACAGAGAUAUACACCUCUUGGCCAUCAGAGUGUAUCUGCUGUAACUAUUCAACCUGCAGUGAGGACUCAGAUGUGGCUAACAGAACAGAUGCAUUCUAAUCCAGUGGAUUUUAAGCCCUCUGAGGGACCUUAUAAUUUUUUGUCUUGGCAGUCACAGCCGCAACAGCUUGGGCAGCUGCGAAUGGAAACCGAACAGAAGCAGGGUUCACCGAGGACUGCGCAUCCAUUACCUUUGGUUCCUGUGUAUCCCACAGUCAUCCAGCAGGAUUUAAAUAAAUGGGAGUCUAUGUUGAAACUGAAAGAUAACUUACUACGACAGAAGGAAGUUGUAAUUGACCGACAAAAGCAGCAAAUAUCCCAGCUUCAUCAGAAAAUCCGGGAGAAUGAACUGCAUACACAGCAGGUGAUCCUUGGGCAUCGUGGGAGCUGUGAAAACCACUGCACAAUCUGUCAGCAGGAGCCCAAGUUCGAAUGUGCACACCACUUGAAGUCUGCAUUUCCUGGACGAUCCAGUACCCUUCAGAAUGAGAAAGAAGAACUACGGCAGAAGCUUGUUGCAGCAGAGCAGGAGGUUCUACACAUCAGUGAGUACUUGAAGCAGAGCACGCACAAGUACAGUGAAGAAAUUAAAAAGCUAGAGGAGAAGCUGAAAAUCAGGGACAAAAAUGUCAUCAGCUUGAAGAAAAAAUAUCAGAAGGAGUCUGAGCAAAACCAAGAGAAACAGCAGCGCAUUGAGACAUUAGAAAAAUACCUUGCUGAUCUGCCAACACUUGAUGAUGUGCAAAAUCAGACUCAACAGUUGCAGAGGGUAGAGGAUGAGAAGAAAAAGCUAGAAGAAGCUGUGAGUGAUUUGGAACUGAAGCUUGGAGAAGCCAGAGUAUUAAUCAGGGAGAAAGAAGUGCUGUUAGAAUGCCAAAACAAGAAAGAGAAAGAACUGGUUUCAACGGUGCAGAGUUCGCAACAGAAGGUGGAGAAGUGUUUAGAAGAUGGCAUUCGUCUUCCUAUGUUGGAUGUGAAGCAGCUGCAUCAUGACACUGAGCGCCUUAAGGAACAGAGUGAAAGAGCAAAUAAGGUCAUUGACAAUCAGCAGAAGCGGAUAGAUCAACUAGUUCUGGAAACUCAAGUUACAGAGGAAAGGUUGCAACAAGAAAAACAAAUUACUCAGGAUUUACGGAGAGAACUUGCAGAAAAAAAGGAUAAACUGCAACAGCACCAAAGAUUUUAUGAAGAAAACUCGGCCUUGCGAGAGCAGCUACAGCAGAUGGAACGAUCUCGACAGCCAUCAUUUGAAAUGACACCACUGCUGGCUCAAUUGUUCAAGGAGAUGUCCCAUUGCCUAUUUGAUCUAAGAGCUUUAUGCAGUAUCCUUACUCAGCGAGCUCAGGGCAAGGAGCCUAACCUCUCCCUGCUGCUGGGAAUUCAGUCUAUGAGCUGUCCAUCUGAGGAAAACGAAAAUUACAGUAGUACAGAAAUGCUUGCAAAGAAAUUAUCAGAUGUUCGGCAACUAAGAAAGGACAUUGAUGAUCUAAGGACUACAAUAUCAGACCGCUAUGCUCAGGACAUGGGAGACAGCUGCAUCACUCAGUGACACGUGGUUUGACCUCUCAGCAAUACUGACUGCAAUAUUAAAUGCUGCUUUUUUAAAGUCCCCUUCAUUUCUAUUAAAGAGCCAUAGUCAAGAGUUCUACAUAGAACAUAAGUGUGCGUGCUUGUGUAUAUAAUGUUUGCGUGACUGCUUGUGUGUAUGCUUGGGGGGUUGCAUAUUGAGAUUGUCAAACUUCAGAGUAGAAAAAAAAGUGGUACAGGUACACAAGAAAACUGAUAAUUGGUUUUCUUGUUUUUAAACUACUGAAUGUAGGACCAAGCUGUGAACACAGUUUUAAGUUAAAGGUAUUAAGAGUCUGACUUUUUUGUUGUAUUUGUCAGUCAUUAUUUUAAUGCCACUUGUUUACUGCUAGUUUAAUGAGGACAGAGAAAAAAGGAAGGUCGUAGAUUACAGUUUCUUGUUGAAAUCCAUAUUGCUUUAAAUGGUGUCACUGAUUAGUGAAGACGUAUAUUGAAUGUUUUUUUUUCUGUUUCAUUUCAUUACAUGCACAUAGGUAAACCAGCUAAAAUGUGCCCAUUAGUGGAAUUUAUGCAAGCUCAGAUGUUUCAAACCUGAUCAUGUUUCAGAGGGAAGAGAAGAUGUACUGUUGCAUAGAUGGCAUCAUUUCGUCAGGCUUCAGGUAGGCUUCCAUAACAGGUCAUCAAAUAUAAGACCUGUUACGCUAAAGACUCAUCCCAGCACAGCAAACUUUUGUUGUACCACUCUUCCGAAAGACUGCCCCAACAUUCAUUGUCAGGGCCCCACAGUCCUGCAUUGUAAAGCAGAAAGCAGGAUAUCCUCCAUCCCCUCUAAAGUUCAUUUCUGUUUCCAGGGAUAUUAAUCUUCAGUCUUCCAUAAAAAAAUUAUUGCUUAAUAUUGUUAUUGGAGUAUGCACACCUCUCAACUCCCCGAUCAGCUGUAGUGUUUCAGCAUCAGGAAUACUCAGAAAACAUUACAAAGCAAAGAAAGUAACAUUUUCCAGUUAUUCCUUGUACCAGAAUGUGGCCUAUUUCAUUUGUUAAAAGGGGGGGGGCAGUUUUUUACUUAUCUUUGUUCUCUGCUUCAUUGAAUAUGGUAGUUGCUCUUGUUUAAGUUCUUCAGGGUUCUUGUCUUGCCUCCUCUGUCUCAUAUUUUCAAGGCAGUAUUUUUUUUCAUCCUUUUUUGUCUCUUUAGUUCUGUCAAACUCUGGUUCAUGUGUCCAUUUUUAGAUCACAUCAUGAGGGUCUCCACCUCAUAUGGUCCGUCCCUAGCUGCUCUGGUCUUGAUUUGACUGUGUUUUAAGCCUUCACUCUCUGGCUGCCUUUAUUGUGUUUGGGAUUCCUUAUUCAGGGUUCUGCUGCUUCAAACUUCCAGAUGUUUGACACAUUGUACCGCCCUACAAAGUUAGAUGCCCAC